GAGGUUUCAGUUUUAGGAGCAGGUAGAAGAACAAGGUCUGUUGGGGAAUGAAGAAAGUGAAGAGAGCAGGAAAAUUCUGGUUUCUCUGAGAAUUGGCAAAAUGAUGAAAAAAUGGCAGAAGAAGGUGUAGAAAGUGGUCUGUGGUCAGAGAAGUUCACCAAUCACCAAUGGAAUACAUUUGUUCUUGAGGUAACUUUUCCCUGAUUUUAAGGAUUGUUAAAGUUACAGCAAUUUAAAGCUUUAAUUGAGACACACUUUUGGUUAUUUUGCGCAAUAAUGGGCAGCAAUGACUCUUGCUUUACUGUUUGUUACAUUUAGAUAAAAAAAAAAAAAACAGGAUCAAACUUGACUUGAGAGCAGAAAAAUAUUUAACCAAUAGAAAUUAAUUGAGGAAAACUCCAGCCUGGACUGUUCUGCAUCAAAUACUUCAAUACAGAUGAUCAACUGGCAUCAUUUCUUCAAAAUAACGAAUGGAAUAAAAUCUUUUUAAAGUUAUUGUGUGUAAAUAGAACAAAAUAGAUGGUGUAAACCGUAUCUUUACUCCGAUGAACUCCUAAUCUACUCAUUUAAAGUCUUAGCUCUCUUAUGUUUCUGACCCAAAUAGAACCCUAGACAUGUUUUAAAUCUAAUAGGGUUGCAAUGUAAAAUAUUCAUGUGCACACAUAAUCUUUAUCCAUUUUCCAAAGCAGAUUUUCACAUCUUCUAUUUUCACAUAGCGUCUCCACCCUCUGAGGUUUUAGUCUAAUCUUGUUUGAUGUGGUUUGAUUGCUCCAAAAUAUUCAUUUCAGCUCUAAAGGAGCUAGAAAGUCAUAUUAAGCUGAAAGACGGACAGAAAUGAUGUGCCAAUUAACUUGAUUUUUUGAUGUUUUUUCAGACAGGUUAAUUGCACAGAAGUGAGGUAAGAGGGAAGAGAGGUGGUUUCUGUAAAGAGAUGUUUAGUGCAUUUUUUAAGAUGCUAGAAAAUGUUUCCCUCUCCUGUCUCUUUCAGCCUCCUCGCUAAAAACCCAAGCCAGUAUCUUCAGUUUUCUAUCCAUGUAAUUUGAUUUCACGCUAUUUAUUUGAGUCACUCUCUGAACAUUUUUAUCCCCUGCGUCUAUCUGUUCAUCUCCUAUUUAAUCUCUCACAACAAUGACCCAUACACAUCCAGAUUCCUCCUCCUUACUUGCUCUCUCCCUCAGAGGGGACAGACACUGUGGCAAGAGGAGGAAGCUGGAGCUGCUCAUAAAUCGUUUUGAAAAAAAAAAAAAAAAAAAAAGGAGAGAGAGGAGAGCCGAAGAGACGGGGCAGAUGCAUUGGCAGUAGAGGCUUUCUCCCUCUGCCUCUUUUGUUUUGUCGGCACGGUUCAAAAUCUGGCGAGCACAUGCAAGGACCACCGCCACCAGCACCAUCACCAGCGUCAGCAUCACUAGCACCUCACUGCAAGCCUCUCAUCCUUAGUCUGGAUCCAGUGUGGAGCUUCUCGUGAGGCAGGCUAACGGUGGCGGCUAGCGGGGGCUGUGCAAGGUUCUGUGGCAACCAGAGGAGGAGAAAAAAAAGGGGGGAGAGAGGAGGAGGAGGGGCUGUAGUGAGCUGGUGGGCUUCCUCUGCCUCACAGACACAUUUUAUUGACUUGCUAAUUGGAUGAGGCGCUCGGAGGAGAGGAUGCGGUGAACGAGAGGAGCUGCUCCCCAGAGAAGGGAUACAGGCACAAGGAAGCAUUGAAAUUUGGCUUCUUCAUCAUCUCUUUUUUUUCAAAAAAAUUCUGGGGAUAUAACAACAGAUGUUUUUUCCUGCAUCUCUCAGUGACCCUCACACUGUGCAUACAUAAUUUUAUGCAUGACAUUGUCGAAUUGAGGCUCCAGCUGCUAGACGUUUCGUGACAAGUGAAUGAUUCCCAUUCUGGUGGGGUUUUUUGUUUUUUGCACCCUCUUCGCUUUCACUUGUUUUUUUUUUUUUUUCCACCAGCUGGAGCUCUUUUUUCCCCUUCAGCCUUGUUGGAUAUAAAUGGUAAUCUGGUGGCGAGAUAAUCUUUAUCACAUCAAAUGUACCAAGGACUGUGCAAUGGAUAUCCUUCAGGAAAAAUGAAGGUACGAACCAAAGCCAAGACACACAGUGGAGUAAGGUGGGAUUCAUCUGCCAAUAUCCAUUGUAGUGAUUGUCAAGAAAUAGAUCAAGCGAAUGUAUUGACUGUUGCAUAAUUCCAGCCUGACAUCAACACAGAAAAAAAAAGAAAUGUCUGCUCAUGUAUAGUCGUGUGUCUGCUCGUUAGAUUAAAACAGAAUAAUUAAGUUUUAAAAGGACAGCUGAGCUGAAAGAGGGGGAUUAUGAAUGAAUCAGUGGUAAAGAGCAGUAGUAGCGGUGUGCAUUGAGGAGGAUUAAUGGAGGCAUUAAAAAAAAAACAGUCUAGACUUGUUCCAUCACUGGGUCAGCCUUUUUCAAUACAUUUUUUAAAUUGUAACCCAAGGCAUCUCCUUCUAUCACUAACUCCUUGUGUUUUUAUUUUGGAAGGAAACUGGGCAUCCUGUCAAGCGCACAGGCCUGAUAUGAGACCCAUUCAGCGAAACGAGGUUUGAUCAGGUCUCUGCGUUUGAUCCGUUCUCUCUCCUCUUCAGUCACCGCUCCAUGUUGCCAUGUCUGAGGUGUGCAGGUUUGGCUAGAGUCAGAGAGCGGCUGCUACUGUGCUGAGGUCUGCCGUCCCAAUGAGCAAGGAAAGCAACCCUCAGAAACGCACCACUUACCUCAUCUCCCUCACUCUGGUGAAGGUUGAGGCUGUGCCAGACGAUGUAACCGAGAACCAGAAGGAGGCUCUUCCAGAGGGGGAAGGGAGCCCUAAAAAGGAGGAGGGGGAGGAGGAGGAGGAGGAGGAGGAGGAAGAAAAUGAAGAGGGGAAUGAGAAGGAUGUCCCUGAAAAGGAGAAAGAACUUGUGAGAGCAGUAGUGGUGGAAAAGGAACCCAGACAGGUGGAGGAGGAGGAUGUGGAACAGGUGCAGGUGAAGUAUGGCAGCCCUGUUGAGAGCUGGGGGAAGCCUGAGAGGAGGGAAACUCCUGGACAACCAAAGGACUUUGUAUCAGUUGGGAAAAGCAAAGACACUUUUUUUGUGCACCCACCUGUUAGGCAGAUGGUCAAAGUGUACGGAGGGACCUCUGAGGGGACUGUGCGCAGGGAGGGGCCUCGCUCAGACGCCAUGCGUCCUAAGACAGAGCUCUACAGGGAACCCCCUAUGCUGUACCUCAAAGGGGAAAAUGGAGCAGACCUGAGCAGCCGCUCCCGUUGCAGCCUCCCCUUUUCUGUCCCACCUCCACCACCGGUCAGCCAGCGCACUGAGGUCCUCAUGAGGUCUCAUACAGGAGCAGGAGGGGGCUCUGCUGGCUGGAGGGAUCUUAGAGAGACCAACACAGGCCUGUAUCACUCCGCUAAGACUCUGGAUCGGAGGGAUAACCGCAUGGGGGAUCAGUCUCCGUCAAUGGCAGGUACAACUCUGGGGCCCUACAGAGCAUCCUGGGCUGACAGUGAUGGCAGGGGGACACUCAUCCGCCCAGGAGCUCCCAUGAGUGGAGGUUUUUCCGGCAUCAUGACAAGGGACAGCCCUCAAGCAGAGAGGUUUAAAGCGGUUUCCGUUUCUUUCCCCGCACCCUCUGCCUCUGACAUGUCCAGACCUCAGAGAAAAGGUACAAGCCGUACUCUGGAUAACAGCGACCUACAUUCCCCCCCUGAUGACCUGAGGAAAGCGAAGGAGGCGCAGGGAGGCACCAUCCAGAGAGCUCCUCCCCGAGACCGGAAGAUGCUGAAGUUUAUCAGUGGCAUCUUCACCAAAAGUACAGCCACACCACCCAGUGCUAAUGCUGCACCGCCCCUCUACCCAGCCAUGGAGAGAGGCUCCAGCGAAGAGGAAGGUAAGGCUCCCCCCCCCAAAAAAAAACCUCUAUGACUUCUUUUUUUAUGAACAAAUGUGGAGGUAGUUUAUUCUCAACAUGAUUUCAGCAUUAUAUCCUGCGUUUUUAUUUAAGGGACCCACAAUGCUGCUCUUGAAUACACAAACCAGUGUGAAAAGGUAAUAAAAGAGGCAAAUGGCUUCUUAAACAAACAGUUUAACAUUCAUUCAAGUCUGUGGAAUAGAUAGAAAAGUACCUCUCAGUGAGACUUUGGUGAUAAAAGAUCCGUCAUCACAACCGUCAGUGCUCACUUGGGCUAAAAUUAAAUGACUCCAAAACCGUUUUGUUCACUGUGAUUAUGCAGAUCCCAUAUUUAUUGUCAAUAUAAAACCACAGGAGUUGUGUGAAUUUAAACCACAAUUUACUUCAAUUUCUGUCCCAAUAAGGCUGUAAUGCUCUUUGAAAUCAGUAAAGUACCUCUGCGUUUGUAUGUUUCAGCAAAGGAGCUGUAAAGUUACAUAUAGCCGUAAUUAAUUAUCAGACAAGGGUGAUUAUUUAAAUGCAAAGUGGAUCUCAAUCAGGCAAGACUAAAACAUAAAUGAAUGAACUCAAGGGAUCACUGACAGUCAGAAUAAGCUGUUAUGUCAUCUGUUUGCAGCUUUUAGAGGUGUGAACAUGUGAAAAUGGACACGUGAAUUUAAAGCUCUACUUUUGAGCAGCAGCAGCGGUAGCAAACACACAAGCUGAAGGUAAACCUGUUGAUGUUACUGAAGCCUGACCGAGAUCAGGUCUCAUGUCUUUAUGAACAAAAUCUUUGGUUCUUUUGAAAUCACUGUCAAGGCUUCACAGCAUCAUAUGUCACUAUGAGAGCUGCUCCUUUACAAAUACACAGAAAGGUACAGAGUAAUUCUUGAGCUGACUCAAGAACAACAACAUAUCAAUAUAUGUAUAUACGUAUUUAAGCGUCUAAGUAUGACAGGUACUAGUCAGAAACGACUGAUGAAAGAGUAUAUUAUUGUCAUCUAUAUAAAAUUUUACAGAUUCACUUCAUUGAAAAUCCAAUUUCUGACCACUGACAGAUCCACAGAUAAUCCAACAAUGAGAAAUCUCCAACAGUUUGCUGAUAAUUCGAUGAGAAGACAGAAAAUAAACCAACACAGUAAUCCAAAUUAUAUUCAAGUCCAAAAUAAAUAAAAAACUUUUCAGGCUUCCAGAAUAUGUUGAUGUACUUCUUUUCUUCGGUAUUUAUGAUAGUUAGCCUCAGAGUAAUUAGGGUGUUGGUACAUUUUAAACUCACUUUCUGACAUUUUAUGGACCAAAAAAAUCCAUAAUAUCAUAGAUAUUACAGCUCAUAAAUUCAGUCUCACGACGAUCUCUGGAUUUUCGUCAGAAAUGUCAACUCAUUGAGUCAAUUGAGUUUUGUCAAAAGCUGGGUCUGUUUUGUAAGAUCUCACAGGCCUCCGAUGUUCUCUGUUUGGAAAAGUGAAAUGAAUCAUCAAGACAUACUGUGGAAGAAAGAGGCAAAAACACAAACACAGCAAGCAUACAACUCAACUUGUUUUUCAGACGAGUAAGAUUCUGACAUUUUAAGAUGUUGUGGACAAAGUUUCAAAUUCAAGUACAGCUUGUUCUUUUUAGCUUCACUCUACUCCACAGCAGAAAAGAGGACUGAAAUACUGCCGCUACCAAAGAUUAGAUUUUAUUAUGAUGUCGAAGUAAAUAAAUUAUUGUACUCAAUGUUUUCCAAAUCCUGACAUAAAAAAGACGGAAACAAGUUCAGUUUAAAAAAAGCAUGAAAAACGCUCUAAAAUUUUCUCUCUUUGAAAUGAAAGACAAAAUACAACUCUAUCAAUCUUUGAUCAUUAUUGAUAUAUAAUAAAAACGGUCUUUGACAGAGUCUGUGGUAUCAGAGUAUGCUCUGAAUAAUUUGUCAGUAAGUGGGACAUGAAUAAUUAAGGUUGGGGAUACACAGAGCUGUGUUCAUGCUGAGGAGUGAGCAGAGUGGGAACCUGUCACUUCCUGCCCUGUGUGUGGAGUUAAUCAGCCUCCAAAUAGAGCCUAUUCAUUCAUCAAAGCUAUAUUGUGUUUAGGUGUUUGCAAGAUGCAUAGUCAGUAUUGAUGCACCGGAAAUAUAGAAGAAAAAUUGAUCACAUUUUCUUCAAGAAUUAUUUAUCUGUAUUGUCCAAACAUGAGGGACGUUUCCCGGCAUUAUGUGAGCAUAGGUGGACAUCGUGUCUCUGUGCUGCUUAUACCCGUCACUGUAUCCACGAGAGACCAUUUAUUGUAUAGAGACCCUGGCUGGAGGCUUCUGGAAAAUGGAGUUGCCAUGGCAACAGCAAGCCGUAAGAGAUGCUAUUUGGUCUGUGAUGUGACGCCGUUGAUGGAAAGGAGGGUAAAAGGGGCGUGGGGAUCGCCCAAAGAUGGUGACAAGAAGGAAUUUUGGUUCAAGUUAGAAUUUGUAUCCCCAGAGAGCCGGCGGAUAUCUGUGGCUCCGCCCGAACACAGCAUGACCCAGCAGCUUCAGUGUGUUUGUGUUUGUGUGUGUGUGUUGUGAUUUCUGCACAGAUUUACAACACUCCCACAGCAUCAUCAGGACUGUUAGUCAGUGCAUGUGUCCUCGCUUGCUGUCUUUUUUUCUUCUUUUGCUCAGCCUCAUAUCUGCAGAUGUGUGUCUGUGAGAUGUCCUUCAUUGCUCUGUGUGUGUGUGUGUGUGUGUGUGUGUGUGUGUGAGUGCCUGCUUUAUUGAAUCUCCAUUCACAAAGGCCCCUCAGCUGCAAUUCUACUGAGGUUAGAGCUGAGACACUCAAAGCAGAAUGUUAAGUGCAGCCUGGCAAAGAGUUUCUCAGAGAAGUCAUCCAAUAAACCUUUAAAUAUAAAAGUUAUCUUGCACAGAGGAGAUCUGAUGGUUUAGGGAUUAUCUUGUUGAGGUAUUAUCCUUUGUCAAUCUUAUUCAAACUUGUUUUAAAAUAUUUGAAACUGGAGGGGAUAUUUGAUCAUAUUACCGACUGAUUCUCUUUUUUUUUUUUUGCUAGAUAUAAGCGUAAGUGGCUUGUGAUGGAUAUUAUUUGUAGAACAUAAAGCUAAAACGAAUAUAUGACCUCCUGAAUUAUUUUUGAGAUCGAGCCAAGAUGAAGUAAUAAACCCAAACAUAAACAUAAAUUCCAGCAGUUGUUGUAAUGCUGCCAUACUGUGACUCAAGUAAAAAUUAGCAUAAAUACAGCUAACCUUACCGUGUCUAACUCAUUCAUUAUUUAAGUGUAUCACUGCCAGAUCUGAUGAAGCGUGACUUUCUGCACCGACGUCUACACAGCAAACAGACACAGCUGGGGGAUUACUGAGAUCACAAUACGGCACUAAAGUAGAUAAAUUUGGCCCUAAUUGUGGACUAUAUAUCACUGUGACACUUGGAACACAGCGUGUGUUUUUAAUAUUAACACCCAGUCAUCUUAUUGUCACUGUCAAAUGUGAGCCCUUAUCACUAAAAGCAGAAAACAAACACAGAGACAGCUCUAUUAUUGAGUUUUUAUACGUUUAAUAUCUGGUUAUAGAUCCAAACAACAUUAAAAAUAUACACUGUGUAUAUAUAAUAAGAUGAUAUUGGGUGCAGUUUACAAAGUACUCUCUGAAGAAUUACUCUAAGCCCUGGAGAUACUGAUGAACGUCUCAGCCUACAUAUUAUGCUUUGUCAUUAGAUGAGUCACUCAGCCGCACAGAUGUCUAAUUUUUUCUGUAAGGGUCAACUCUUUAUUGUCUGAGAUCUAAUUAAUUGCUCAUUGAAGCAACUACUGUAAAUUCCCACUAUUGAUCAUCCGCUAUUAAAACAUUAAUGCAAAAAAAAAGUGCUAUCUGAUUCAUCCCUCAAGGCUUUCUUACAACAGUACAAUGCCUUCACUUAGGGCUGGACAGUAUUGGGAAAAAGUUUAUCACAAUAUAUUUUUUCAUAUCAGUCGAUAUUGAUAUAUAUAUCACAGUAUAAAAAAUCAAAUUUAACAGUGUUUAUUGGUAGCAUGUCUUUUGCAAUAGAAUAAGCUACUGCAUCUGUGAGGUCCUUCUGUCUCUGACGUUUUGUCGUAAGGUGUUGCGCUAGAGAAAGCGAACUGAAUGGUCAGCUGUUUCGGCAGCACAGGCGCCAUGGGCUCCUUGCUCUGCUCGGGGUUUGUAACCAUUUGCAUUGCACGUGCUCUCCCGCAUGGCACUGCUUGAGGUGGUAAAAAAGAAUUGAGGUAUUCCCCGACUUUCCCUGCUCGACAUAAUUUGCAGUGCACAUUACUCUGCUUCAUGUCUGACCUCAAAACACAAAAUACCUCCACACCACCAACGUUUUCAUGCCAGUGUUGUCAACAAGGUCAUCAUCUGUUGAGCCUUCAUCUGCAUUUCUGCUGGGGGUAGCACUCAUUUUCUUUUUUCUCACCAACAGUGCUGUCAGCUUCACAUGUUAAAGUGCUAUAGUUUUGUGUAGCUUCUGCCUGCUACUACGCAGUUGUUUGCUAUUUGGUUUUAAUUCAGCACAAAACUGGCUCAGCACAAAGCGGACCCGGAGAAGCUCUCCUUUUCAUUGGCUAGUCGUAUAAUCUACCUAAACAUGGCAGAAUGCCGACUAUCAAAAAGGAUCUUGACCAUGUUUGAUUCUGAUAUUGAAGGAAAUUAAUUUUCGAUAUAUAUCAAAUGUUAUCGUUUUAUCCCCCAGUCCUACCUUCAUUUUUCCCUUUUUGGUCCCUCUGUUUUGAUAAAUACCGUGUCACAACACUGCAUUAUGCAAACACCUGGUCUGGCAUGAGACUUUUGUAAAAAGUCACAAUAUAAGGUGUUUUUAAAAACAGCAGAAAAAGUGUUUAAACAUAUCAUUAUUUGACCUGUUUCUCCUGUGAAUGUUCUCCUUUUAAAAGUCUUUUCCUGCUGAUUUUACCUUCUUAAUUCUACUUAAUUAGGGAGGGAAGAUGAAUCCUUAUGUUAUACGACACUAUGAAAAAAGGAGAGCUUACAUAGAAGCUACUUCAGUAACAGGCACAAACAGGGGACAGUACUCAGCCACCAAAGAUCAUUGACAUGCUUUCCAAUCAUUUGGACUUUUACAUUUGCACACUUGAUUGAAUUUUCUGGGCUCUCAGUCCCUUUGGAUCCUGACUGCACUCUUAGUGUCCAGUCUGUCAGAUGAAUCCUACAUGGCUAGCAGUUUCAAGGCUACUCUUUUGAAGUAACAUCACAAACAUUUCAGAAAAGUAUGGUAUUUUUUUAGUAUGCUGAAGUUAAAAGCGAAUGCCGGUCCUUUGUAGGAAUAUCUACUUCUUUUUUGUUCAUUCCCAGAAAUUGGUCUGAGGAAUUUCUAUUGCAGCUGAAUACAGAGAGAGCAGAUUACAUACACAUUAAACUUUAACCAUAAAUGCGUCUGUGGACGGUGCAAAUGCUUACAACUUUACUCCAUGUUAAUGAAAAAUGUUUCACAUUGUAAAAUAGUCUUCUGCUUGUUAAAUCUUGAAAGAUAAAGCUUGUUUUUUCAGUUUUCUUUCAAUUUUCUUCCCUGCAGCUGUGUGCACAAGCACUCAAGAAUGGACCAUGAGCCAAACAAUACAAGAGCUUCACCUGGUGAGCACGAGAACAUACUGUAGUUUUCACAAACCUGCAUAUGGGAUUUAAUGUUAAUGAGAUGUGUUUCAUGUUACCCUGCAGGGUGUUUUGGGAGGUCUGUGCAGUGGGAAGUCUGCUCUGGUCCACAGACACCUAACAGGAAGUUACCUGCAGCUGGAGAUCGCAGAAGGUUUGUUACCCACCGCCUUUUGUCAUUUUCUUUAUUUUUUAAGUAAAUCUUAUCAUUUCACCUUGUUCACAAAAUAAGCCAUUUUCCUUGGAUGUAAGCUAAGUGUAGGCAGAUCUAAUGCUGUAAUUACCUCCGCCAAGGAGAUUAUGUUUUCGGUAGCAUUGGUUUGUUUGUUUGUUUGUCUGUUAGCAACUUUAUGGAGAAAGUAACAGACAGAUUGACCUAAAAUUUUCACCAGAGGUGCGUCUCAGCCCCAGGAGGAUCCCGUUAAAUUUUGGUGGUGAUCCGGACAAAAUUCUGGAUACUGUGAUCCAGAACACACAAAAAUAAGGGUGUCGUUGGAAUUUUCAAUGCUGAAAGAUAACCAAUGGGCGGCACAGUGAUGUAGAUAGGCGGCACAGUGGUGUAAUGAGCUGCUUGGCGGAGGUCUGCGCUCUCCGAGUGCUUUUCUAGUUUUGUUAUGCUGUCUAAACCCAGAAGAUCUGAAAACUCUCAUUUGUCUGUUAUCUGAAUGAUCAGCUGGAAACAUAUUAGUAAAAAAGAGAGAAAUCUUAAAUUUGAAUUUGAAACAUCACAUUCGAUCACCAUUUAGCAACUGUGAGCCAAUAAACUAGAAAGUUAAUGAAAGCACAGAACAGCUUCCUCACUAACAUUAUAUUUUGAUAUUACCGGAGCGGAAAAGACAAAUCUCUAACCGUAAUAUCAGUUAGGUAGUUAGUUGAUCGCUAAUGUUGGCUGUUGUUAGAUUAAAGUUUAAAUUGUUUUAGAUUGAAAUAUGGUUUGAUGUUUCACUGGAUUUACAUAACUUAACUCCAUGAAGGGUCAGGUCCAGUGGCGGCUGCUGGUCUUUCAAGGAGGGGAAGCUCAUUUUUCUGGCCUACAUCAUAAUUGUAUUUGUUUAUCAGUAUGUAACAGAACAGAGUCGCCAAACACAACAGCAGUCGUUUUUAACAAAGACAAAAGUCGCUGAGGAUCGGUAAAGUCUCUGGAGCAGUUAAGAACAACGGAAUGAAUGACUUGGAAAAUGCUCUGGUAGAUGUUUUAUUCUUCAAGAUCGCUGAUUCGCUUGUUUAGCUGUCAAUCAAAAAAGGAUUUCGCCUCAGACAGCUCAUCCAAUCAUGAAUGCAGAAGCUUGGAGUCCGGGAGAAAGUCGGGACCGCCCUCUCGCCAUAGAACUCCAGUGAAGCUUAGCUUCCAUUGGGCGGGACAAAGCCCAGCAUUUAUCCAAUGAGCGUCUAGUUUCGCUGCUGGAACAACCCACUUUAAGUUUCCACAUUGAAGUCAGCAGAAGCCCAGCGUCCGGCUGUUUGAAGCGCUGAGGCGCUGCGAGGAUGAAUGAGAACGAAGUUAUGCCGGUUACCUGUGUUUAUCAGCUUCUUAUCACAGUGUCUGAACAAAAGUUGAAGGCUUUCUAGUGCGUAUUUAGUUAAUGAAAUGUACACACAGCCGUACGUAUUUCACCACUUUUUCUUUUUUUGGGGGGGUGACAUUUUAAGGGAAGCCGAGCUUCCCUUGCAGUCUUAGAGCAAUCGCCACUGGUCAGGUCAUAGAGUCCAUUUUAGAGGUAUUCUUAUUGUGAUCUCUUUGCAGGGCGCCAGUACAUUAAGGAUGUCCUGGUUGAUGGACAGAGCCACCUGUUGAUAAUCAGAGAAGAAACAGAACUCCCAGAUGCUCAGGUUGGCUGGAAACUGAUAUGUUUAACUGAUUUAACUUAAAAUAAUGUAACCCAUGCUGUCAGUCUGCCUCUGUGAUGUCUGAAUGCUAUCCUUCUUCACUUUCCUACAGUUUGCAUCUUGGGUGGAUGCCGUUAUCUUGGUCUUCAGUUUGGAAAAUGAGACCAGCUUCCAGGAAGUUUACAAAAUCUACCACCAGCUUGCAAUCCACCGGCCUGUAUCUGAGAUAGCUUUCAUAGUGGUCGGCACUCAGGGUAAGAAUCUCACAGACUAUGUAUGCUUUGAUUCAGAGGCUGAUUAUAGAGGUGUACUUGCGUUGCAUUUGUGUAUUUUUCCAGAUAAGAUCAGCAGCACCAAUCCCAGAGUGAUCGAUGAUGCCAGGGCCAGGCAGCUAUGUUCAGAUGUGAGGCGUUGCACUUACUAUGAGACCUGUGCAACGUACGGCCUCAAUGUGAACAGAGUCUUCACAGAUGGUAUGUUUCAGGAUUCUUUUGCCGUAAAAGAUAAAGAAAUAUAAAAGAUUUUUCCACCUGCUGAUUCUCACUGUUUUUAUUUCAAAGCUGCUCAGAAAAUCAUGACUGCCAAGAAGCAAGCUGCUCUUCUGGCUUCCUGUAAAUCUCUCCCAAACUCUCCCAGUCACUCUGGAGGUUCUACCCCGGUGUCAGGAGUGUUUCCAGGACAGGUACAACUUUCACAAAAUGGCUCUAAGUGGCGCCACUGACAUGUGUUGACUGUCUUGUUUACUUCAAGGUUGCUGUCAGGUUAUUUUCAAGAGUGCUGUUGUAGCAAACUCAAUUAUCUCCUGUUUUCUGUUCAAUUAUCGCUUCAUCGCUCUCGCUGGCUUCGGCUCCUUCCUCUCUCUUUAGGCCAGUAAUGGUGGUCAGAGCAGUGAUUACUCCUCAUCACUUCCUUCCACUCCUGUGAUCAGCCAUAAAGAGAUCGGCAAGGCAGGAAAACAGGAAGGGGCCACGCCUGGGUCAGUUCGUUGCGCCACACGGAGACGCACACCCCGGUUUGCGGUACAUACUGAUCAAGCUAUUGAUUUUGUCUGUCUGUAAACCCUUUUAUUGUAUUUUUUCCUCUUUCUGUUCCAUUUUCCCUUCACACACAUAAAACUUGAGAUAUGUUUCAGGGUUACAGACACUAUGGUCUGAUGGAGAAAAACUCAGGGAGAACUAAAAUCAGCGGAAAUGAAUCAGAUAUUUUUGGAGAUAUUAUUUGUCCAUGGUUGUUUUAUGGAUUAUUGUAAUUGCCUGAAAAACACAUUUACAAUUGUGGAUCCAGGAAAUAUCCCUCCUCUUUUAUCUUUUACAUUUUAAGCUUUGUUUUACUUGUGAAAGAGGUUUCCUCUCACCCUACCUGUUGUCCGAUAGUUUCGCACUCAUAAGUGUGAAAACCAAACAAAACCUCGGACAGCCUUGUGCAUAAUAAAGUAACAAAUUAGAAAGAUGAUACAUCAUUCGUAACUUCAUGAUUGAACCGUAGAAGGUUGAAUGUAUAAAGAACAUUUGGUAACACUUUAUUUCACGCCUAUCUCUAUAACCCAUUAUAAAUAUAUGUAUAAUGCAUUACAAUCCCGUUACAACACUGUAUAACUAUAGUUAUAAACACUCAUAAAUUAUCAUAAUGCUUUAUAGCAAUAAUCAUAACAAAUUGUUAUAAAGCCUUAUAAUAAUUAAUGAGUGUUUAUAAUGACAGUCAUACAAGUUUAUAAGCUCAUUAUAACACAUCAUAAAUAUAUGUAUAAUGCAUUAUCUAUGUGUGCAUUGUCAGUGAGUUGUUAACAGUUGUUACACAUUAUAAUAUCUGACCUUGUAAGUCAUGAUAAAAUGCUUUAUAAUGUCAAGUUUAUGUGUUAUGAUAAUUGCUAUAAAGCAUUAUGAUCAUUUAUGUGUGUUUAUAACAAUAGUUAUGCAGUGCUAUAACGUGAUUAUAAUGCAUUUUACAUAUUUUUAUAAUGCGUUAUAGAGAUAGGCGUCAAGUAAAGUGUUACCGAACUCUCUUUUAUCCGAAGCUAGCUUGUAUUGAAAAAAUAAACAUUUACAUUCCCAGAUAAGCUUGAUUUUUCCUGUUUUUCCUAUUAAUCAUGUCUUUGAGCCGUUUUCUCCAUUCCCGCCUGUGAUGCAGUCAUUGCUCGUCUUUUCUUUUGUCCAGGGUCGCAGAGGCAGUGACUCAAACAGGAGGAGCGCAGACUUUAAGGGCGAUCUUGGCAGUGGGCGCUGCAUCCCCAUCAAACAGGUUAAAAAAACAGUUAACACUUGAUACAGGAAAAAGUAUGAUCAAUGUAAUGCACAAGCACUCUCUUUAAAUCCAAUUUGUGAAGGCAGUCUCCUCGUGUGGGGAGAUGAAGUGUUUAGAUCUCUCUUAUUGGUUUGAUGAAAAGGAGAGUGGGUGUAUUUUGGCAGCCUGCUGUUAUCAUGCUCCUGAAAUGUGCAAGAUGAACACAUGAGACAUUUUGCAAUACAUUCUCAUUCUCCAUUUCGUUUUCCAUCAACCAUCAGGGCAUCUUGCUGAAGCGCAGCGGGAACUCGCUUAAUAAAGAGUGGAAGAAGAAGUAUGUGACGCUGACCAACGACGGCAUACUCUCCUAUCAUGCUAGUGUCAAUGUGAGUCAACGCAGCGCCCUGAAGCGUCACGCUUCUGUAAGCUGUUGGAAAGGCUGAGUGUAACGGCUGAUGUUUUGCUUGGCAGGACUAUAUGCUGAACACCCCUGGAAAAGAGAUGGAUCUCCUGCGAGUAACGGUGAAGGUGCCGGGGAAAAGACCGCCACGCGCUGUACCUGCUGCACCCACCUGCGGUCUUCCAGCUGGGCUCAACGGGCGUGUCAAAGAUGUGCCAGGGCCGGAGGGUGUUGGCCCAGGUCAAACAAUAAACCUUGUUUUUGUAUAUUUAAGUUAAAUCUUUCUGCAUGGAUGCUUGUGUGUAAAUCACUGAUAAAGAAAUAUUUGGUUGUUUAUUUUCUCUCACUUUCAUAGGAAAGUAAAGGUGCAGUAAUAAGGAUUUUAUUUAAAAAAAAAACUUAAAAGAGGGGUCAAGCAUCUGUAGCAGAAAGGACAAAAUUUUGCAAGAGAAGCAAAAUCUGAGCUAAAGAACAAAAGAGCCUCCUCAGGGAUUUUUCAAGUUGUGCGAGGGGGUGUGAAAGACUCCAGGACUUUUUCAGUCAGACUCUGCAUCUUUAAUUUCCUCUGGUGUUCACAGUGAUUCAGUGUGUUUUUUUUAAACUAUAAGUACCUCUGUUUUACAUCCAGUAUUACUCUUACAUAACUGCAUUCUUGCUAUCAUCUCUUUAGUCCCUGUAAGCGCAAGCGGCCUCCUUCAGGUGGAGGAGAUGGAAGGACUGGGUGGUGCAAUUUUCUUGAGGAGUAACAGGGGAGUGCAGCGAUGCCCCUCCACACUAUCCAACCACGCUCAAAGUGUUGGUGAGGAAAAUUACCUUUUUCUGUGCAUGUUACUGUCUGGAAAAACACAUGCUGUUUAUUUAACAAGAAAACUGGAUUUCUCACUUGUUUUUGUGUGAUCUUGUUGCUAGACUCUGCUGUGGAGGGUGUCUCCAGCUCCUCCUCCACCAAAGACUUUGGCUCCUCUUCGCCGGUGACAGACAGGAAGAAGCAUCGCAGAAAGAAAAGCAUGAACAUGAAAGGAGACGCAACACUUGGACAAGCAGAUGGUAAACACUCAACUGCCCAUGAAUUUUUAACAUGAAUUUAAUCUUCAUUUUAUCCAAAAUUAAGGGUAACUUUUACAGGAUUUUGUAAAUUUGAUCGAUUUUUUUGUCGUUGAUUUCUCUUACAGCCAAGCGCAAAAUGUGGAAACUUAAAAGCUUUGGUAGCCUGAGAAACGUGAGCAAGACAGGUAAACCUUCCUUUUUCUGAAAGCCUACCCGGACUAAUUUUAUCUGAUUUUAUCUGCUGACUGUUUUUAUUGUUAUGCCCUGUUGCUUGAUUUUACUGUUAUUGUUUUUUUUUGUUUGUUUGUUUUUUUUUUCUGUUUUCGUUGUGCACUUUGAGAUUUGUUUUCAAAUGUAAAGUGCGUUACAAAUAAAAUCUAUUAUUAUUAUUAUUAUUAUUAUUAUUAUUAUUAAUGUUGAACUAGCAUUUUCGAGUAUGUAACUGUACUGGCUUGAAUUAUAACUUCUCUGAUGAGAUUAUUUCCAUUUGUUUCUUUUAACCACAUGUAAACUCAUUGAUCUCUUUAGAAGGGAUACCUGUUUGUUGCUUGUUAACACAUUGUUAAUAUCCAAUCAGCCAAUUUACAUGGCAGCAACUAAGCCCAUUUAAGCAUGUAACAUGUAAAUGUAAGCGAAGAACAGGAAGCUGAGGCUACAGCAAAACCAAACAAUAGAAGAUUAAACUGGUCUGGUGAAUCUCAAUUUCAGCCUCGACAUUCAGAUGGUAACAUGGACCCAUCCUGCCUUGUAUCAACAGUUCAGGCUGCUGGUGGUAUAAGGCUGUAGGGGUUUUUUUGUGGCACACUCUGAGCUCAAAUCAUCUCAAACCUGUUUCUUGAACACGACAGUGAGUUCACUCUACUCCAGCGGCCUCCACAGUCACCAGAUCUCAAUCUGAUGGAGCCCCUUUGAGAUGUGGUGGAACAAGAGAUUUGCAUCAUGGAUGUGCAGCUGACAAAUCUGCAGCACCCGUGUGAUGCUCUCAUGUAAAUGUGGACAAAAGUCUCUGAGGAAGGUUUUCAACAUCAUGUUGAAAGUUUUCCAAGGAGAAUCAAGGUAGCUCUGAAGGCAAAGGGGGGUCCAAUCUGAUUCUACCAAGGUGUACCUAAUAUAGUCUUGAUGGAAGCAAUGAAGCCGUUUGAACAUCAUGACUUUUUUACCACAUGAGGCACAGCAUUAUGAGGAGCUAAGAUAAGAACCUCUCAGAAAACAACCUGCCACCCAUGACUUAAUACAAUUCACAGAAUCAACUAAAAUGGAGAAUUUAGAGGCUGAAUGUCAUCUGCAUAUAACUGAUCAGACACCACCUGAUUGAUGAGACAAAGUAUUUACCAACAGCAACUGAACAAUUUCAAUCAGACAAUUAAGAGGAAAGCCAGUCUAAUGCUGUUUCAGAGAUACGCACCCACUGUCUGAGUCGCUGAAUUAACACACUGUGCUCCACGGUUAAGCCGCCCUCCCUCUCAAAUGUUGACAGAAUAUGGCUGCUACAUUUCUACAUUUCUGCAACUGCUUUGAAAACUGAAUAUUAUAUGGUGAUAAUGUCUUGAAUUUGUGUUUUUCUGUGUCAGACGAGGAUAACUUUGAUUUCCUUGUGGUGUCGAGCACUGGCCAGACAUGGCACUUUGAAGCUCAGAGCAUGGAAGAGAGGGACUCCUGGGUCCAAGCCAUUGAGAGCCAGAUCCUGGCCAGCCUGCAGCUGUGUGAGAGCAGCAAGAACAAGGCAAGCAUGAGAAAAAAAAAGCCUGACAGUAUUUAAUAUACACUGUGUUUUACUACAUUAAAUCAGUGUUUUAUCUUUUGAAAGGUAUCUCUUGCAUUAAUUAUGUCUGCACAUGGUCUGUAAUGCUUCCAUUAAUCAUGUUCUGGCUAAUGCUGCUUUCAUGGUGGAGACACUAACCUUAAAAAAAAAUGAAAACAUUUGUAGUGGAAUACAACAAGGAAAGGCAAUGAAAACCAAAAUAGAAAAGAACAGUGAAGGAGUGUAUCUUUAAUACAUCCGUUCAGGCCUCGUAAGCAUUUACAGUGAUGAGUCCCGGAAUGUAGCAGAGGUUGGUCUUUUGCAAUUACAAUAAAAAAGCAACAAUGAGAUUUUAAUGCUUCACAUAUUGAAAUCUGCGGCUGAUGUUGAUGCAUAUUUCCUCGCUUUCCCUCCAGCACUAAAAAGAUGAAUCAUACUUAGCAUAUUUAUUUGCUCUAUUUGCUCUACCCUCUAAGCAUAUUCUUUCAACAUGUGUGAAGCAAUUGUGUUAUUUUCCGUUCUACAAGAUUAAUUCAACUGACAAAUGACAAAAUAUUGUGAAAAUUCAUCUGAAUUGCUGUCUCACUCAAUCUCAGAGAAAAUAACGGCCCAUAUUUCCAUCAUAGAGCCUGAAAAAUCCGGCUGCAGGUUUUGGUGAUUUCGUGACAUGACCAAAAAUGUCUGUUAACAUUAAAGGUCCCCUAUUAUGGCAUUUUUAAUCAAGUUUAAAUCGGUCCCAGAGGUCCCACAAUAGUAAAUUUGAAGUUUGCUGUCUGAAACACCAGUUUAUUUGUGGAUAUUAGCCAGCCUGUACCCCCCUCAUUUUGAGCUUCACUGAGAACGGGCUGAUUCUGCGCCUGUAACUUUAAAUGAUAAUGAGCUGUGUGUAACCACGCUCUUCCUCUGAGCUGCCAGCAACGCAGCGGUGGUCCAGGAGCGGUGGUCUGGAGAUCUUCUGAGGACCUCUUCAGAGGACCUCCAGAGCACGGCAGCUGGAAGCACCAGCCUGACCUCUGUGCCCCCGAGGAACACCCGCUGCUCACGGGAAUAAAAGUAAAUAGAAGCGAGUCCGAAGACGAAUACCAACAAUGGUGAACACACGCGAUUGCAGCUAAAGCACUAGUCAUGCGGGCGGCGAUAAAGCAACAUAAAAUGGUAAAACUUACAGCUUCUACGUUUGAAGUUGGGUCCCAGACACGGACAGUCCGGAUCCAGGUUUUAUCUCCAGCGUCUUAGCGAAUCCUGCUUUGAACUGCCCCUCGUUGGUAAAACAGUCCGUGGUGAGAUGGUUAGCACACACAUACAACACUUUCGGAGUUGUUGUGGGCCUACAUUUCCAUCAAAAUAAAAUUAAUUCACUGGGUCCUCAAAUCUCCCGACGAAGGCGGCAGAAAUAGACUUCUGUCUUCAUUUGUGCAGCCAAGAAUCAUAGCUGGGUUAUUGCUUCGACAUGGUUGCUUUACCAGAGUGGCGUAAAAAUGGCUGAGGCUACCUCAGCGAAAAAGUUUUAGAGGGUUGGGCGAAUGAUUAUCGGGCGCAGUGCCACCAACAUGUAGGAGGGGCUUAUGUGGUUAUGUCAUCAUAACCGCACAGCUUUUCCGUUCACCUGUUUGCGCUCAUGUUUUCAGAGAGGAGGGGAAAGGAGGGAGAGAAUAACGUUUUUUCAUGUCAGGGGGGUUGUUGGCUUUGAGGGGAUGCAUAUUAUUGGUAGAAAACCACCCAAAAGUGGAUUUUUCAUAAUAGGGGACCUUAAUGGGGGGCAGAAUCAUACACCUGAGAUUGUGUUCGUGCAGACCAGAUGGUGUAGUAUACUGGUAGUUAUUUUAGCUGCUUACUCACAGUUUUGUAGUAAAUGAAUACAUGUUUGUAAAUUCAACCUCCAGUGAUGAGAAUCAGUCUGGCUUAUUUUAGUGUCGGCACAAGAUAACACCACUGGGCCUGUAGUUACUACCGCACAUAAAAAAGGAAAUCUGAAUUUAAAGGGGAUAUUAUCUUCCCUCUGAAGUCCAUUUAGAGUGCUGUGUUAUCUAUUUGUCUGAUAUGUAUGUGCACCUUGGGACUUCAGUGUAGGAACAUUUUUCGGGGGGGCUGAGUUAACCUUGGAUCUUCUCUCAUCUUGUCAAGGAAAUGAUACAGCUCCUGCUUCUUAAAAAAAGUGAUGAAAGCAGCUAAUUAGACUGACUAAAACUAAAACCUGCUUCACUUCUCCACCUGACCCGUACAGACUGCACCCUGAUGACUGUGCUGGUUGUUGUUCAUUUAUCAACCCUGGAGUGGAAUUAGUCCAAUUAUCUCCAAAAACGAUGCUUUCAAGUUACGUAAUGAUUCCAAAUGAUAACGCUAAUUCCAUGAUGCGUGGCUUUAUUAGUGUUAUGAGGGUUGUGUGUCCUAGGAGACCAAAGCCACUCAUUUUAAAGCUUCAAAUGGUCAUAAUAAUUAUGACUCUCCUCCGCAGCCUGGUCAUUUGAAUUAUAAUGAUAGUUUUUGCCAACAAGAGCAGCUGGCAGAGCUAAUAUAAGAGUGUGUUGGUAUGCUGGUGUUUCUUUUUAUUUCAACCACACACCCCGUGUUUCCGCAGGCUCGCAGGAACAGCCAGAGUGAAGCAGUGGCUCUGCAGGCAAUCCGCAACGCAAAGGGCAAUAACUUCUGCGUCGACUGUGAUGCUCCAAGUUAGUGACACCCUUCAGUGAUUUUUCUCCUCCUCUCAGUUAAUGUUCAGAUCUGUUUUUUUUCCCCUCUGAGUUUAUGUUCAGAUCUGGUUCUGGCUUUGGCUGAUUACUCAUCUGGUCUCAUUUCAAACCUCUACAUGUGUCAUCAUCCCUCCCGCGCAUACUUGUCAGUCGCUCCUUGCUCUUUUUUUUUUCCAUCUCAUGUCUGUGAUGUUGAAAUAACUAUCAACGAAGCUUCACAAGAAAACAAGGUUUCAUCACAUUUAUAUAUAGUGGGAAAUUGUGGAGACUGGAAAUAUUUGCACUUCUGGCCUGUCCUCUAUCCAAACAUCUAAAAUCUACAUCUCAGACUGCUAAAACAAGACCACCUGUGCCAUUGCUCAUAUCAUUGUUUUUUGCAUCUUUAGUGUAUAUUUAGUUAAUAUCCAACAAUACAUUUUAUUUCUUUGUCUUUUUGCAGCGGUCUUUUGCUCUUUUCACAGGUUUGAUUGAAGUACUGCUUACACAGUAUAUCAGUAUACAUUCAUAUACAAGCGCAGCCACAUGAAAGACAAAUACCAACAAAAUGAAAUAUGAUUAAAAGUACAGAAGAGAGUUGACCACCCUGAUAUCAAAAGUAUUCUGAAGAAUCUGGAGAUUAAGUCCCAUUCUUUCCACGUGUUUGAUCAUAUUAUACUGUUGAUUGAUGGAGUGAAAUAUUUGAUAUCAAUUAUCAGUGCAGUAGCUAUAAAUGGGGCAAAAGUACCUGCAAUGUGGUUAUUGUGGACUGUGAGGAGUGAUAGGUAGGAGGCAACAGAUCUAGAUCUAGGACAGGACUCCAUUGUUUAGCAAAAGUUGGUAGAGGCCUUAAUAAGAGUGAGAUUUGAUGUAUUCGAUCAGUGUCCCAUAUUUUUUAAAUUCUUAUAUAUAAUAAGUUGUAAGUACUGGGUUUUGGCCAUUUAAUAGUUAAACAGUUCAAGGCUGCUGUAAGAAAAAAUAUUCAAAAGUUAUUAUUUGCUCUUCUCUCCAGGCCUGCAGGCGUUACUCCUCAUGGUGCCACUGUGGGAUUUCAUGCUAAAAACCCUCUUUGAGGCAUCAAACACUUCCGUCCAGAAUAAACCUAGCCUCAGACAAACUCAAAAUAUGGGUGUUAUUUUCAAUGUGUCUCCCUCCACAGUUCCUCCAACAUGAGCUGAAGUGUGUUGGACCCAUCUUAGAUUCUAUUUCUUGUGUUUUGAAGAAUCUAGAGAUCAUGAAAAUCCCUCCAUGUGCAAAUACUGUCAAAUCCACAAACUGGUCAUAACUGAUACAAAACCAGUUCUGGUCUGAACAGCUCAUUUCCUCAUUCAGACAAGUUUUAGUUGAUUUAUACAUUACUCAUUGAUUUUGAAGAUAUUGUUGAAGGUUAUGAGUUUCACGUGAUCACAAUGAGGGGUGUGGCUGACUUCAAAUAUGGUGAACAUCAUUGUUGGUCUUAAAAGCUCAGAUUAAUCACUAAAACUGUCUAGUUUUUACACAGUCGUUGUACAAACUCAUAGCAGGAAGUGCGACUGUAGCUUAGUGUUCAAAGGGUAUAAGGCCAGUGGUGGAUCCUGGUUCUUGUCUACAACUCUAUUAGCACCUCUGCUUCUCAAUAAAAGCACAAAAGCCCCCCCAGAAUCUUUUAAAAACACUUAUUAAUACAAAUGUGUUACUGACUCUGAAUUGUGCUGCCUCGAAAUAACUUUUUUACUCCCAUUAGCAGAAAUAUGUGCCAAGCAGCUGUUACUGUGUUAAUCCCAAGAUAUCCCAACAUAUUGGCGACCAGCUGCAAAGAAAAAUAAUAAUGAACCUUUGCUCUUAGAUAGUCAGCUGAUUCAACAAAAACAGAUCUGAAUCUGGAUACUCUUAUAAUGUUAAAACACUGGAGAACACCAGGAUUUGAGAGGAAGAUCAUUUCUGGCCUUUCAUCUACAGAUCCUUUCAUAUGGCCGACCACUAAUGCAAAUAUUAAAAAUCUAUUGAUUAGUUCCAAGUGAAGCCACAGUCUGAUUUUCUGUCUCCUAUCUCAGAUCCCACGUGGGCCAGUCUGAACCUGGGUGCUCUCAUAUGCAUCGAGUGCUCAGGGAUCCACAGAAACCUUGGGACCCACCUGUCUCGUGUCCGCUCUCUGGAUCUUGAUGAUCUGCCGCGAGAGCUCACGUUGGUUCUCAGCGCCAUCGGCAACCACAUGGUGAACAGUAUAUGGGAAGCACGUACCCUUGGUCGUAAACCUGCACCUGAUGCUUCACGGUAAAAAAUUAAAAAAUGAUGGAUGUGACUCAGGGAAACAAUACUUAAAUUAGUUUUUAAGUUUGAAAGACAUUUUUAAAACUUUGAGAAUGAGAUUUAGAGUCACAGGAGCAAGAAGAGCUUGUUAUUUAUGUGCAGAAGAAAGACUUCAAACUGGAAAAGUGUUUCACUGAAUAUUUAUCACAUCUCUGUUCUUCUUCUGCUUGCUCAGUGAGGAGCGCGAGUCGUGGAUCAGAGCCAAAUAUGAGCAGAAACUCUUUGUGGCGCCAUUGCCCCCCCCUACUCCUGGCGAGGGCCCAGACAUCACGCUCUCCGGUCGUCUUCUCCUGGCAGUGAUGGAGCACAACCUCCCCAAGCUGCUGCUCCUUUUGGCCCACUGUACUAAGGAGGACAUGAACGCCCCCCUCAGUCUGGCCAUCUCCUCCAGGUCCCUCAUGGCACUGAGACUGCCCGGCUCUGCCCUUCACGCCGCCUGUCAACAGGGAGACGUGGUGAUGACACAGCUCCUGAUUUGGGUGAGUUUACUCUCUCUGACAUUGAAAUCAUUGAAAUUAGUUUUUGAGCUCUGUCUCAUAUCAACCAAAAAGUCAAGUGAGUAGGAGUAGAUGUAUUGUUUCAGUGAAUGUGCAGACUAGACAAGGUGUGCACUCAGGGCUCUAUUUUCUUGUACGUCUGUGAGGCGGCGGAGGGUGGCGGACCCCGCACAGUUGUAUUUUCUUCUGGCGGAGCCCGGCGUUCAGCCAGUUUGGUAUUUUCCUUGGCUGACUCCCUCCUUUUCUUUCUUUCUCUUCCUCUUAUUUCUCGCACAGCCGGACCUGGACAUGUCUCCGUGUCCUCUCCCCGUCCUGCUGCAGCUGAUUUGUUUCAGUGAUCAGAUGAGUUAUCUACUUUAAGCCGACAUACAGAUAUUAUAAUAUUCAGUUUUGAGAGCCAAAUUUAUUUUAUAUGCCAACAUCUAUGAAGGAAAGAGCCAGGCCAUGGAGCGCGAUGCAUUAUUACGCACAGAUGGUUCUGAUUUUAAUGCCAUUUUUGGAGUUUAUGUUGUGAUCUGUGCGCACAACCCACCUUUGUCACGUGAGGUUUGAAUAUAUGCAACUUUAUGUGAGUGUCUUCAUUUGUGGAAAGGGUAUUUGUCUUACUAGUGGGUCUAAACUUACACACACCAAAUCCAUCUGUGCUCAUGUGUGAGAGUGUGGAGGACACCCCUGCAGCGCUUACAUUGACACUUGUUGAGGGGCUGCCUUCUGUCGCCAUCGUGGGGCAUUACUGUCUUAAGACAUCUCUUGAUCUCUUUGACUACUUUACGAAAAUUCGAAUACGCCUCGCCGGUGGCGGAUUUAAAGGCGAGGAGAGGAGCUAAUGUUAUUAGUCAAUACAGGUCUCGACUGUGUUAAACCCACUCCACACCCUCUCUCCUCCCUCGCUACGACUUACGCUGCUGGGAGGAGCUGAGUUUUAUCAUUAUCGGCAGAAUGGCAAAAAUUAUCAUGAUACAUUUUUUAGCCCAUAUCGCCCAUCCCUACUGCAAAGAUCCUUCCAGUCGCAUCAGAACAAAUUAUAGUGGUCGUUUAAUGCAGACCCUCAUGGAAAGUUCAUUGACCCUUGUGUUAGUAUUUUUUAUGUUUCCUCUGGCAUUUUACCUCUACUCCACCAAUCCAGUGCUGGAGUCUGUGGAGCUGUCAUUCAUGACGCCCCUUAUUCCCUCUUUUUGACUCAAAUAGCUACAACCCCUCAGAGGAGAAUUUGCAUACUUUACAAAGACAAUCUGAAACCACAUGCUGCUUGUAUUACAACAUCAUAGCUUUGUUGUAGUGAAGUCUGCCUGCAGUCCUGACUCAGUGAAAACACCUGAGGCAUCGUAAAACUAGAAAUACAACAAAGGAGACCCUCAACUAAAAAUCUUAAAUCUGGCCAAAAUGGGACAAAGUUUCACUUUCAAAACUGCAGACUCUGGUCUCCUUGACUCACAAUCAUUUACAGUGUUGUUAAAGACGAGAUGAGAACUUGCCCCGCUCCCAUUUCUUUUUAAACUUAUUGCUCCCAUCAAAAUUGAAAAUUCUUCUCAUUUUCUGCCAGGGCGGAUCACACAAAUUAAUCAUUUGACAGCCUUAGUGUUGUCUGCCUCCCUGCAACCUCAAACAGAAAAAGCCGUCCAGAAAAAGAGAUCAAUUGACUAUAUUUUUAAAGUCUUUCAUUCUUACAGAAACAUUGUAGAACUUUAAAAAACUGGUUGCCAGCAUUGUACAAUAAAGCGAAGGUAAGGUGACCAUAUUCUGAAUCCCAAAAAAGAGGACACGACUACACAAGGGCAGGAGUCACAGAGUCGUGCGUAGUAAAUUUUGAGUUUUUCAGGUUGGGUUGAGUGUUUUUUACACACUUCUAACUCAAUAGACAUUUGAAGGAUUUUAUAAACUCCCCCGGACAAAGCCAGACAGCCCCCAAAAAGAGGACAUGUCUGGGUAAUAGAGGACGUAUGGUCACCUUUGCUAAGGUUUUUUUAUAACUCUUUGGUACUUGUUAGACUUCCAGUGCUUCUAAACAGGACAGAAGUCUCGGGACCAAGCCCUGGUUUUAUUUCAAGAAGGAAUUACCAUACAUCUAAAAAAAAUCUCAGUCCAUCAUUAGAAUCAUCAUGUAAAAACCCUUACAAAUACGUAACAUUUUCACAGCACAUGUUCAUCUAUUGACCUUUUCUUGGUAGGUAUUUGACAAGCCACUUACUGGUUAUAAUUUUUUUUAGCUGGUAAAGAAUGAUUUCUCCAGAGAGUAUUUGUCUUUGGCUUUAAAUCUGGAUUAUCUAUUCCCUGAAUAUGUAGUGCCAUUGCCAACAAUCUUCUUUUCUUAUUUUUAGCCAAUUGAAAUUUGAGAAAAAUAAAAAAAAAAGAAAACGGUUAGUUGUUAAGCAGCUGUGCUGUCUUCAGGAGUGGCUAAAAUUUGUUCUGCUGUUGAGUCGAUAUUUUCUCCUUUCAGCAUAAGUACCAGUAAAACCUGAUAACAGACGGGUUUCUGUGCAAUGUCAGCGCAGGUAUGCGCAUGCAGCCAGGGGGCAGAAAGCAGGACAUUUCUUAAUAGUUUACUAGCGGAGUUAACAGAGAAAGAAAAAAAACAAGUCUGUAGUGCUGUAAAUUGUCGUAAACAUUUUUACUUUGACGUUGUUAGCAUUCACUAACAUCACGACCCUGCUUCUGAUAUUAGAAACAUCCAAAAAACAUCACAACCUGGUUAGCUGAGUGAAAUUCAUGAACAUUUCAGCAAGUGUUUUUUUUUUCUUUAAUUUGUGAUGCAAUGAAAAACAAAGCGAUUUUUCAAUGAAAUGACAUUUUAUUGCAAUUGUGUCAGGGAGAACUUGCAAACAAGACGGCACUUCAUUGAUACCAGUUCACUCCGAAGCAGGCUUUUGCACCCUGGUUGUGCGCGCACCUAGUAUUGUUUGUACACAAGAAGCCCGUCCAUAGUCUUUCAUGCAAAUUCUCUCCAUUGGCUAAAACUGGAGGUGGUGGACUGUAGUUUGAAUAAAAAACUCACUUUAUUAUCUAAGCAGGAUGUUUCUACCUUUUUAGUCAACAGAAAUAGGCUCUUCAUAAAACUAAUCUGUUAUUUUUUGUGUGUUUUUCUCAGUACGGCUGUGAUGUUCGGUACCGCGAUGCUCAGGGGCAGACGGCGCUGUAUCAGGCUCGCAACGCUGGCAGUCAGGAGUGUGUCAAUAUCUUGCUCCAGCAUGGCUGUCCUAAUGAACUCUCUCCCUCCGUCCCCUCGGCGGUCAGUUUCGCUGCCGCUGCCACAUCAAGCUUCCCUGUUUCCAUGACGCCGAGCCUGACAGUCGCAACUACGCUGAGGAUCUCGCACAAGAGUGGCGGCACUAGCUUAAGCUACAGCACCACGAGACGAGCAGUGUCAUAAUGAGAGUGUGAUGUACCAAGGUGUGCAUUUGUGUAUGUGCGUGUGUGUGUGUGUGUGUGUGAUUGAACCAAAACAAAAAGAAGUUUUCCUGAUUACACUUUCUACCCAGUACUAAGAGGAAAAAGUAUUUCAUCGGGAUGCCUCUGCAUUCAGAUUUAAAAGGAAUGUAUUGCACUGUAUACCAGCUGGUAUGAUUUAUAUUUCAUCAUGCAGUCGAUAUUCUUCACUUAAUUAAGAAUGGGAGUUUUUGGCUUUGGCCUCAAACAGCAUUGCUGAGCAUCUCAAGACCAGAGGAAGAGAACUGCAAUAAGUCGACAGUUUUCAAGUCUGUCUGUUUCUGCUUCAAACCCUUAUGUCAGACACAUCCACACUUCUUAACUCUAUUGACUGCGAAUGUCCAUUUUGAAACUAGAGUGCAUAUACUGUGUUAUGUUUGGCACAGCUGGUCGUCCAGUGCUUAAUAAUGUUGUGUGUUUAAAAAAAAAAAAAACUUCAUGGUGGCUGAAAAGGGGCUGUUUUAAAGAUAAUCAAAAAUAACUGUAUAGAAAUACAUUGAUAAAAUAUUAUAAUUCUAAGAAAUUUAAAAGUGCUUCAUUUGAAAGAUUGUUAUUGUAUGAUUUGUACAGUUGUUUCUGUGUAUAAAACUUAAAAGAGUUUCUCAUAAGCUGAUCAGAGAUUUCCUGUGCAGCCUCAUGGCUUCCUUUAAUAACCGCCUGAUCGAGUCUUUAAUAUCCCAGACUGAGAUUUCUAUGUUCUGUUUGUAUCACUGUGUGCAACAGAAACACUGUACAUGACACAUGCAUUAUGACUCCAGCAACAGCUCAUUUAUCAAGGCAAGUGUUUUACUAGAUGUGCAACAAGCUAAAAAAUGCCUUGAUUUUGAUUGAAUGUAUACAAAAACAAAUGGUUUGAGUUCUUUACUUCAAAAACUGACAUGUGUUUCAGAGAGAUAUUCUGUUUGAUGGAUUGUUGGGGCGUUUUUUUAAUUUAUUUUAUUUUAUUUAACUCAUUUUCUUCCUCCUGUGACUAAUGAAAUAGUAUGGUUAAAUAGAUUAAAACUGGGCUGAGAUCCUGUGUUAUAAAACUGGGCCUUUGAAAGAUGAUGUGGCUGAAAAGUCAACAUAAAAUAGAAAGAGUGGUGCCCAAUUUAAUACUUAAAAAGAGGCAUAAAAAAACAACUCUCCUGCAGUACUGUAUGUAUUUUUGUGUUAAUCUAAAGACGCCGCUGAGUGUACAUGUCUGUGGUGUAAGCAUCUAUCUCCAUUUGUAUUUUUUUACUCAUGCGAUAACUCAUAGAGCAUUCAUUAUCAAUACACUGAGGCUGAAGCUCA